AGUUCACUCACUCCAAGUGCCUACCAUUUCUAUAUACUUUGGAAAAUAGAGAGGGAUAGCUAGAAGCUCAAUAUUGAAAGAACGCCCUUCUUCGGGAAAGAAGAGCCAAUGACUCCAUAUUUAGAUUCAAUGGUUGAAUCUAACAACACAUACUCAAAAGAGAAGAAUAGGAUCUGAAUGAAAUCAGUCACCGUCGACGGUCGAGAGACAGAGCAACCCACUAUCGAACCUAUAGACAGGACAGUUGAAGCGAAAGGGUCUUGGUUUCAAGCCAAUAGUGACAAGGCCUCGAAAAAGAGCGCAGGCGAAAGAGUUGGUCUCCCUUUAGACGAUGUCUUCCUCCCUUUCAUCGAAGACGGCUGCUGGGGCCUUCCUGGGCGCGGCUUUAGUUCUAACCAUACUGGCGGUCUUAAAGGAUUGGCUAUACUGAUAUUACUACUAUUCUCCACAUUAGGAUUGACUCUAUUUGCGCUUGUGUUACAAUUAUCUUCUUCUUGCAUUAAGGAUAACUUCCUUAUUUCCGGAACAGAAGAUGUAAAUUGAAAGAAAAGUUGGAACAUGUCAGGCUAUUUCAGUAGAUCGUUCAACUCGCCUGCUUGCCUAUGAAUGAUGCUCUACCUCACUCGACUUGCACUGCGCAUCUCGUCCUACACCU